CGGCAUUAGGAAGGAGAGACGGAGGCCGCCAAGACAAGCUGCACACUGUUUCCUUCAACUGAUGAAAUAGGUGGCGUGACAAGUUGUGCAGGGAGUACAGGGAGCUGUAGAAAUUGCAGGGGCAAGAGAAAGAGUGUAAGAGGAGAAACAACACUGGAUGAAACAAAGAAAGCAUGCAUGUAAAAAACGUGCAUUACAAAAUGUUUAUCUAGGGUUACAGUUUACUCCUAAGCAGCGUGGAGCAUUGUGGCAAUUGUGGAACUUUGAUUGCGAGAAGUAACUGUCAUUAUUUGCCAUAUGCACCGAAUUCACCCACUGCACUUACUGUUCUUGUGACACGUCGAGUGGGUCAAACUGUCCAUCGUUACUUUGAGGUUCACAUUCAGAGGUUCAUUGCUAAUAGAUUUGAUAGAUUUACUACAUCCUUUCGUUGACUAUGAGGCCACUAGAGACACAAAAAAGGUCAGGAUUAGAAAGCAGUUACCGUUAGGGUUAGCUUAGUUUCAGAUAGUUUUACCAUCAGACCUCAGAUUAUCCAAGAUGGACAAUUUUAUCAAUGAGUCCACCCAUGUUGUGGAAAACUCGACCGGUGAGCCAUUUUCCGCUACAAACCAGUUCAAACUGCCUGAGUGGCAGGUGGCACUCUGGAGUUUUCCUUACACAGCCAUUGUGCUGGCGGCAAUCGUUGGAAACGGCAUAGUCAUCUGGGUCGUGCUUGCCCACGCCAACAUGCGGACAGUCACCAACUACUUUCUAGUCAACCUAGCCUUCGCCGACGUCAGUAUCGCCAGUUUCAACACCAUCUUCACAUUUACCUUCUCCGUCACUGGGGACUGGUACUACGGGAAAUUCUACUGUUACUUCAUGAACUUUGUCCCCACCACGGCGGUAUCAGCCAGUAUCUACACCCUCACGGCUAUCUGCCUGGAACGCUACAUUGCCAUCGUUCACCCUCUCAAGCCUCGGAUGUCCAGGGUGUGCGCCAAGUCUGUCAUCAUUGCCAUUUGGCUGUGCGCUGCCACCGUGAACGUCCCUCUCUGUAUAUAUUCUCACUUCUACACAUUCAAGUACAGGGAGGAGGAAUGGUCUGUCUGCAGAUUCCAAUGGCCUGAUGACAACGUAAAGUUCUGGUAUGAUGUUGGCCUGAUGACCAUCAACUACUUCAUGCCGCUCCUGGUCAUGGCGGUGGCUUACUCCAUCGUGGGCUUCACUCUCUGGGCCGGCAAGAUCCCGGGGGAGGCCACCCAGCGGCACCUGGAGCAGAUGAAGGCGAAGAGAAAGGUUGUGAAGAUGAUGGUGAUCGUGGUGGUGACGUUCUGUGUCUGCUGGCUCCCGUACCACGUCUUCUUCCUGCUUCCUCCCGGCUACAAGGAGUGGAAACACAUCCAGCAAGUCUAUCUCGCUGUCUUCUGGCUGGCUAUGAGCAACUCCAUGUAUAACCCAUUCAUCUAUUGUUGGCUCAACAAAAGAUUCCGAUAUGGAUUCCAGACGGCGCUUCGAUGGUGUCCCGGCGUCCCGGCUCCGAAAGACCCCGACUCGAGUCUAAAGAUGAACCGUUUUACCAAGAGCACGAGCACGCAGAUCAGCACAGUGCGGCUCCACACCAUCCACAAGAGCGUCUCCGCCGGCAGCCGCAUCGCUCGACGGGUUAGCGAAACGAGUGUGGUGUGAACGGCGAGCAUGCAAAACCGUUCCGCAGUGUCACAGUGCAGACACUGCGGUACAUACACGGUCCCGAAAUGUGUCAAUUGCAACGGAUGCAGAAUAAUUGUUGUAUGAACAUCUGAACUCUUACCUGCGCAAAUAAUGUAUGUAUCAUUGCAUCUCUGUAUGCUCUAGCAUAACUCGAGAAGGCCUGGAUGGAUUGUCUGGAUAUUUGGUAUGUGGAUACGGCUUGAUAAGACCUGAAGAUUGUUUGAUGGCCUCCUAGCGGCUUGUUCCGGUACUGCAGAGGAACUUCAGUUUUUGAUAUCUUGUGCUGUGGUCGUAUAUGGCUCUUAGGAUAAGGUGGGGUCACAGAUGCGUAUAUUUUCAAGUGCGCAUGAUUUCCGCACGAAAUUUUGUCAAUACCCGGCCGAACGCCCAACAGUUGGAAUUUAUUUGGAAUAAAUUAAAUUGUACGUCGAGCCAAUAUGGCGUUUGAAUUUCGAAUUCAGCGUUUCCAUUUCGCAUGAGGUGCGUAUGAUUGCAUAUAAAAUGCGCAAGAGAAUUUUCCGUGCUGCGAAUAGCUGCGUAUGAGGUGCGUAUGUUGGGCGUUUUCCGGACGCACACAACGUCUACCAACCGCAUGCCUUAAGCACCUGGUGCUAAUUGCAUUCCAGACGCAUUUCCGGUGUGUCAGUGGAACAGUUUCUAUUACAUAUACUUUUGUCUGCGAGCAUUGUCAAUAGAGCAUUUUUGUUAGAGGAACACAUUCUGUUUUUAGGCAGUACAAGUAGAACAUUGAUAAGUAAACAGUGGAGAGUUUUUUGUUUUAAUUCAUUUGCGAAGCAGUGAAGCAGUGACACGGUACUUUUACAGUAAUGUGGGUCAUGAUUUACAUUUAGAAAUUAUAUGCACUGUCAAGAUUGUGUUUGUUUUAACUUUGUCCUUAAUGAUUCCCUAUAUCAUCUUAAUAUUUCAACUACUGUAAAAAUCACACUCAUACACACCGCAAAACGUAUUCAAGAUGUUUAUCAAACACGUAAAUCAAACAAUUAUGAAAUCUUAUGCCCUCUUUCAAAGUUGUAAUAUGUCUCUAUUUUGCACCUUUAUAUCAUUUGGUUCUACAAAGAAAAAAGUAGUAUUAUCAGCAAAUAGAGUCAAAUAUCUGUUACACAAAAUGACACGUGUGUUACACAAAUUGACCCAGUGCUUCAGCAGGUUCCUCUGCAUCUUCCUUUCCCUGGAGGCUCUGUUGGGACCAGUUACAUUCAUGGUGUCCUGCAAGUUGUGACCAUCUCUCCAUGCCCCCGGUACAAAUUCGCCGGUCCUGGCCUGAAUCUGCCAUCUUGAGAUGAUCGGUUUUGUCUGGACCUUCGUAUUUAUUCCAAAUCUGGAGUGUGUGUCGAUCACGCUAUCAGUACGCGUAGUAUGCGCAACCCGAUCGCAGAACGUACGGUACUAAAUCGUGAUCUAUGUGGGCAUUCGUUAUACGAUCGUUCAUGGUGCGUUUUGUCUGCGCUGUAAGUACGCUAUGUACUCGCAAUACCGCGAUAUCCGUACAGCGUAUAAAGCGCAAACAUAUAGCGUCUUCAUACCGCACUCGCCAUCGUGGGACCACUGCAUUGCGUAUUCAUGACGUUUAGGCAACCAAACUGCGUACAAACGAUAGUUUUGUGCAUGUCCAAAACUACCGGGCGUGCUGGGCGUAUAUUUUCGUUUCCCUGCGUACUUGAAACUAUCUAAAAACGAUUCAGAUGCGUUUGAGGUGCGUCUUGUGCGUGCGGCCGCGUAUGGAAGAAAUUACUUUUAAUUAGCCAAAAUGUCAAAACGGAACUCGUGCGGCUUGAAAACAUACGCUGGUGUGACCUCACCUGUAGAAAGUGACUUGGGGGGAAGGGCUCAGUGGCCGCUUUUUUACACGCAGGAGAAGGUUUUGUUUGAGAUUGGAAAGAGAAAAACAAUAGCAACAGUGUAAUAUGUAUCAACACAUAUGAUUCAGCGCAAUGUGAACCAGGAAUACUUGCCUGAGGAUGUUGACAGACGGUCACCAAAACGUGGGUUGAACAAAACACCAGGUACAAAGGAUCUUGUUAUUCAGACAUACGAACCUGAUAAGACUAUUCACGGAUAUGGAAUGGAGAAUUUUCUCAUGUGGAAAAACAUUAAAGACAAACAGUCAUUAUCUUCCUACCAAGCCACCUGCGCCUUGUAAUCUUACAACGAUGGUAUGAUACAGUCAGCAAUGACGCGGUGAAAUACUAGCUUGUUUUGUCGACAGCUUUGUCGCUUUUGUCCCUUGCUUUGCAAGAAUUCUCCAUCGCAACAGAAAACAAGAGUCCGUAGAACACAACCCUCCGUAAGGUAAUCAUAGUGUUUCGUUGAAGGUUAGGAUUUUUGAUACACUGUUUGCGAUGUAAAUUGUCCUCUGAGCUGGUGUUGUUUGGCUACGAUCAGAUGUCAAGUGUAUGUGCCGCACUACUUUCAAGACAGGUGUGUCAUUCUAAUAUUUUCAAUAUUUUAGAAAACUGCCAAAAAUUGCAUGGAUCAACAAAACCUAGGUGCCUUCCAACAUGCUAAAAUUCAUGGAAAGGAUAUAAGUUACAGCAAACGGAUAAAAGCAGACAAAUACAUUUGAUUCUGAUUUGCAUGAUUAGUGUUAAAUCAAUUACGUAGCAAAAACCAUGCCAUUGGUCAAACCAUUCUUGAGUUAUUCUCGCUCCUUUAAAAUCUGAAACAAAAUCGGGUCCUGCAGUUUCCAAAGCCACUAGAGAACACAAACCGCUAGGGGGUCCAAACUCACAGCACUUACUCUCUGUCCCAAGGGCUAUCUACCACUCAAAAAUCACGACCACAGCAUGUUCAAACGAGAUAUGUCAAAAAUUAAAGUUUUGCUGCAGUAC